UUAAAAUAAUUGAAAUUUUGCAGACAAAUGCUUGAAGUUAAGAUAGACGUUGAGUACUUCGUAAAGAUGAUCGAAGCAUUGAAGUUGGUCGUCAAUGAAUGCUACCUGAAGUUUACUAAGCAAGGUAUGACCAUUCAGUGUAUGGACCCAGCCCAAAUUGCUCUUGUGCAUAUGUUCAUGGAGAAGGAAGGAUUUGAUGAGUAUACUUGCUCCAGGCCACUCAAAUGUGGUGUGAACCUUGAACAUUUUGGAACUAUUCUGAGCUUAUAUAAGCACCCUACUGACAAACUCACCUUGACUAUUGAUGAGCUUAGUGGUUCUGAUAAUACUACUUCUCAAGCUGACACUGAAUUUAUGAGCAUUCUUAUUGAAGAUCAGAUAGGAAAGAGAAAUACAAGUUUCAUGAUGAAACUUACGAAAUUUAAAGAGACAGUUCCUAAACCACCAAAGAUCAAAACAUUUAGAUUGUUAUGUAUGAGAUCCUCAGAUUUUUCACAUAUUUGCAGAGACCUUGAAAAUAUCUCAGAUAAAGUCUUACUGAAAUUCAUCGAAAGGGGAAUAAUGCUUAGCGUCUCCUCAGACCUUGUCGAUGGCCACAUUCAGAUCACUGACAAUGACACAAUGGCUUCUCCUGAAGAACACAAACAAACUCCCAAGUCCAAGACUACCAAAGACCCCACCAGCCAGGAUGAGUCUGGCGAUGAAACAAGGAUCCCUCAGCUCAUGUCAGCUGUCGACGAAGGGUCUCUGAACGUAGCUCACUUGCUCGGAGGGCUCUCACUCAAAGGUGACAAAGGCAAGAGUUUCUCUUUAAAGUACCUCAACAUUUUCAGCAAAGGCGAGAUCUUCAAUUCAGUCGUGAAGAUUCAUCUUCCAGGCGCCACCAAGGCCGACAAGAAAGAGCCUUUGAUGCUGGAGUUCAAGAUCGGCAAGGUUGGAGUCAUUAAAUACUACCUUGCACCUAAACUAGCAGACUAACAUAUUUUCAGGCAACGCUAUGACAUCGUUUUUCAAUAUUUGGUCUUC